AUGAGAAGAUUCGUGGCUUCUUGAGCUUGUUUUAUGAUGUCUCCAACUUGUUUUCUGGAAGCAAGUAUCCUACAACAAAUUUAUAUUUUCGCCCGGUUGUCAUGUGUUAUAAUUCGUUGAGGCUGAGUAUAAAUAGUCCAGAUGAGUAUAUCAGGAAAAUGGUAGAAAAGAUGCUACCAAAAUUUGAGAAAUAUUGGUCGGAUUUCAGCAUGAUCUUGACUAUUGCUGUAGUGUUUGAUCCACGUUACAAGCUUCAGUUUGUGGAUUUCUUUUAUAAGAAGUUAUAUGGGCCUGAUUCCCUUCAGUUUGAACUAGUGAAAGGGAAGUUGUUUGCCUUAUUUGAUGAAUAUUCCAAUUCUUACGUGGAUAACGGUAAUCAAGCUAGAAGUGGAAGUGCUACCGGUAACAAUGUGAAUUGUGACUUCACAAAUGCAGACUCAUUGGCAAUGGUGGAGGAGUUUAACUCUUUGGAUGUUGAGUUUGGAUUGAGCCAACAACAAUCACAAUAGGAGCUGUACAUGGAGGAAAAAAGAUUAGAUGUCAAAUCCAAUCUUGAUAUUCUUAAUUAUUGGAAAGGAACUCAAUUCAAGUAUCCAC